AUGACCACCAUGUUCGAAGCUGCCGUGCUCGUCUACCCAGGUUACGGUAAUACCGUAGCCAUGGGAUAUCCGGCAGCAGCGGCUUAUUACCCGCCCGUAUAUGCAUAUCGACCGAUGUACAGCCCGUACGCAGCGGCAGCCUACUAUCCGAUGGUCGCCGGAUACUAUUCAAGGAAACAACCUGCCACAAAGUUAUGGCAUCAAAAGGAAAACGUCGCGCCUCAGAUUCCGGAAGACUCCUUGCCACAGGAGCACGACGGAACUAGACGCAAAAAGAAAAGAAGCCUGAAUUUAUUUACCGCUAUGGGCAUUUGGAAACCGACCGGAAAAUUAAACGACUACACGAAAUGCACCUCGAAGAAAUAUGAAACACCAUGGACUUCAAUCUACAUAGCAUCUGCCAUCGCUUUCCUUCAAUCAUUCCAGUAUUCCAUGUUUAGUGCAACAUUAUGGAGUUAUACAUUAUCGGUAAAUGGCAACGUAACGCAGUCAAUUUUCGGGUUGAUUGUAGGUGCAAACAGCUUCAUGCAGGCGAUUGCUGCGCCCGUUUUUGGUUAUUGGAGUACGCGGAUAGAGAAUGUCAAGCUACCCUUAUUUACUGGACUUCUAUUUAUGGUGGCCGGCAAUAUCCUAUAUUUUAUUAUGCCAUUACUACCCGCCGGCAGCGCCUUCACACUACUUAUCGUAGCGCGAAUGCUUACAGGAGUUGGGGCAGGAAAUUCAGCCCUGAUUCGUGCAUAUGCUUCUCAGGCUUCAUCCUCUGCAGAUCGGAGUAAGGCCAUUGCAUGGACUACUGCCGGUGAUACGUUAGGGACGACGACGGGGCCAUUAAUCCAAAUGGCUUGCCUUGGCCUUGGACCAGUGGGGAUCAGCUUCUUGGGACUACGAUUUACAACAUACACAAUGCCAGCCUUCGUGGCGCUUCUAAUCGAUCUUCUCGGGUUGUUAGUCGUUUCGAGGUUCUUCGUGGAAGACUACACAAUGCUCCGCCUGGAACAAAAGGAGUAUCAAGACUGUGAUAUGACACCCUGUUGGAUUGCGGUGGCAAUUUGCGUAAUCACCAGAUAUUCACAAUCCUUAUUACUUUCUACGUUCGACGGCGUCGGAAGUUCGUAUACCACAAUGAUGUUCGGAUUUGAUGUGGUCGAAACGGAUCGUUACAACAGCUUGUCAUUAGCGAUUCAAGCGCUUGUCGGCUUUCUCGUCUACCUUAGCUUCAUCUACUUCAAUUGCGGAAAACAACUCCCAAUGAGAGCCUCCAUCUUCACUGCAAUUCUAGCAUUCAUGACCUAUCAUGCAGUCACCUUUUCCUAUCCGUUUUAUUCAGACCAUGUUAUCGUUUCAAAUAAUGCUUCUUCAACGGGCCAUGAAUUUGGUGUCUGCGAAGGUACCAAAUAUGAUUGGUGCGAAUCGUUGACCACCUACCACCCGCUGGUGUUCUACGUUGCGUAUUUGGGGCUUGUCGGAGGCUUCUUCCCGGUCAUCAACAUUGCGUUGACUACACUAUUUUCAAAAGUGAUUGGGCCACGCGCACAGGGUACGCUUCAAGGCGUCUUCCAAGUGGCCGGAUGCAUUUCGAAAAUGAGUAGUCCCGGGAUCUUGGGCUCCGUCUUCACAUUUGGCGGCCCUCGAGCGGUAUGGAUACUCCAAGAAUCACAACUUUUCAUCGUCCUGCUUCUUUGGAUCAUUUUCAGACGGAAAAUGAUUGGGCUGACGGAACGGUUGGAGCAGGAGGAUAUGUGCAAACGAUCGAUUGGGUCAGAUUCUGAUUCGGAGCAGACGAAGGGUCCUUUUGAAAUUGUUGUUUGGGUUACGAGAAAUAGCUAUAAGGCU